UCCCCUGAGCCCGUUCUCCCUGCCAGUCCUUAACAUGCGCAGGUAGGACACACUCCUGGGAUCUCAUGUCCGUGACUCCUUCUGCUCCUGCACCUCACCGCUUGCUCCUCGUCGCCGAGCCCGACCGUCUCCCCUCAAGGAGGGAAGUGAAACAUGGCCUUCCCCACAUCUGGUUUGAGGAGAAAUCGUCUAUGGACUUCGGCCUGCACACCUGUCUGCGUCGCCCUGCUGUCCUUUCUCCUCGCUCCGGCGUUUGGACAACUCGACCUCAACCGAUUGGAUGGCGACACCGUCUGCCCGCCGAUGAGAAGCGGACAAGAUGACCUUCCAGGUUUCGAUCUGAUCACACAGUUCCAGUUGGACGUGGUGCCGCUGAGAGGUGUGAGGAAGGUGGACGGCUCCACCACCCUUCAGGUGGCCUACCGCCUCGACAAGGAGGCCAACUUCCAAAUUCCAACCAUGCUGAACUUCCCUCGCGGCUUCCCUGACGAGUACUCCGUCAUGGUGACCUUCCGCAUGAUCAAGAACACGGUGAGCAAGGUGUGGAACGUGUGGCAGAUAGUGGACGAAAGCGGCUACAAGCAAGCCGGCCUGAGGCUCAACGGGGACCAGCAGGCCCUGGAGUACUACCUGAUGGGCGCCGACGGCAACCUGCAGACCGUCACCUUCCCCGGCCUCUCCGUGCUCUUCAACACCAAAUGGCACAAAGUGAUGAUCGGCGUGGAGCGCGACCAGGUCACUCUGUACGUGGACUGCCAGCCGGUGGAUCAGAGGCCCAUCAAGGGAAAAGGCCCCAUCAACACGGAGGGAGACACGCUCAUUGGCCGGCUGGACGCCGACCCCGACGCCUCCGUGGUGUUCGAACUCCAGUGGAUGUUGAUCCACUGCGACCCAAAGAGGGCCCAGAGAGAGAGCUGCAGCGAGCUGCCCGCCACCGAGAUGUUUGCCAAUGCUGAGCCUGACAAAUCACUCCAAGGCCCCCCAGGAGCCCCCGGCCCAGAGGGCCCCCGAGGGCCUCAGGGAGAAAACGGCAGGGACGGGAGAGAUGGUCUUCCGGGUUCCACUGGCAGUCCAGGCAGUGUAGGCAGCAAAGGAGAGCAGGGCGAGAUCGGCCUUCCUGGACAGAGAGGCCUGCCCGGCCUUCAAGGACCUGCUGGUUCUCCGGGUCUGAUGGGCCCCAGAGGGCCUGUGGGGGAGAGAGGACUUCAUGGAUUUCCUGGAGCCGCCGGUCCUCCCGGCCCAGCAAGCGAAGGACCCCCCGGGCCCCCGGGGAAGCCAGGGACCCCCGGAGAUGAAGGGAACAUCGGGCCCGAGGGUCAACCUGGACCCAGAGGGUCACCGGGCACAUCAGGGCCUCCUGGUCUUCCUGGUCCACCAGGGCCUGUGGGGCCGCCUGGUGCCACCAAUGAGGGAAGCGGGGAACCUUGUCCCGCUGCCUGUCCCGCUGGCCGACAGGGAAUGGCCGGGCUUCCAGGGCUGAAGGGACAUGCAGGUUUGCCUGGAGAACCUGGAAAGGACGGAGAGCCUGGAGACAAGGGAGAGGAUGGAGAGCAAGGUCUUCAGGGCCCACCAGGACGCAUGGGAGAUGACGGGCAAAGAGGGCCCAUCGGCUUCCCUGGAACUCUGGGAGAAAAGGGAGACAGAGGACCUCCCGGGUUCAACGGCGUCCCCGGGCCCACCGGCCCCCCCGGAGCCCCUGGUGUGGAGGGAGCCCGUGGACGUCAAGGUUUGGAGGGGCCCAAGGGUGACGAGGGAGCUGUGGGGCCUCAAGGAGAGCAAGGUCCAGGAGGGGAAAAGGGAGACGCUGGAGAGCCCGGUGAAGAUGGCGUGAAUGGACUCCCGGGAUUGGAUGGAGCAAAGGGAGAGUCUGGUGCUGCUGGAGCUGCUGGUCUCAGGGGGAUUGUGGGUAUUCCCGGGCUGCCGGGGUCACAGGGACCAGUUGGACCCACUGGCCCAAAGGGGGAAGUUGGGGAAGAAGGACCCGUCGGGCCGGUUGGACUUCCCGGAAAGACUGGUGAGCCUGGAGACGAUGGAGAAGAUGGGGAAAAGGGAGAUAAAGGAGCAACCGGUGGAACUGGAAAACAAGGACCAGUGGGACCUGCUGGUCCUCCAGGAAUCCAUGGGGAAAAGGGAGAUAAAGGUCUUGCUGGUGCUAAUGGACUGAAGGGUCAUACUGGACACAAAGGUGAUCAGGGCCCAAUGGGACUGGUGGGACCAAAAGGAAGCCAGGGGGACCCGGGCGUAGCUGGAGAUUCAGGGGUGAAGGGAGAUCAGGGCCCGCCCGGCGUUACCGGACUCAAGGGAGAGCGCGGCGAGAAGGGCCUACGGGGAGCAACAGGAGAUGAAGGCAGACCAGGCCAGACGGGCCACGAGGGUUUGCCCGGUCCAAUGGGAGCUCAAGGACUGGAGGGUGAGGCGGGCGUUCCUGGAGCAACAGGCCCCAGAGGUCUACCUGGCCCCAAAGUGAAUGAUGACCAGCUCCGGGAAAUGUGCUCCGCCGUUGUCGAAGAACAAUUGGCUGAGUUCAUGAAAGAGUUUCUGAAGAGGCCGGCAGCCAUUGGUUCCCCUGGUAUUCCCGGACCGGCAGGACUUCCCGGUGCCGCUGGACCAGCCGGAGCUACAGGAGCAGCAGGCACUCCGGGCCUGAAUGGGGCCAAAGGUCAUCCAGGGUUUUAUGGACUUCCAGGAGCACCAGGCAAAAAAGGUGAUAAUGGGCCAAAGGGGGACAAGGGAGACAAGGGAGAGGACGGUGUGGGAAUCAAAGGAAGCCAAGGAGCGCCAGGUGCACCAGGGGCAAAAGGCGCUGACGGCGUUGGCAAGGACGGCCAAACCGGACCACGCGGCGAGCCGGGGAGCCCCGGUGACCCCGGAGCGGCCGGUCCCCGGGGCCCCUCGGGGCCGCCCGGCCUCUGCGACCCGUCGACUUGCAUAAGCAGACUUCCGCCGCUCUACAUGGUCGGCGGAAAGAAGUCUGCCGGCUACAAGAACUAACGAGGCGCGAGGGCUCGUUAGCACACUCCAGAUUGCAUCCUGCAGCUCCACGUCACCACCUUCCGGGGGUCCUCCCAUGUCUCCGUCUGAGCCGCGGAUCUAAGAGACGUGGCGGGAAUCAGAGACCGGAAACAACUGUAGAAUACCGUAAAAGACAUUUGAACUUGUUUGUGAUAUUAGUGAGAGCUUAUCUGCUGUUCAGAGAUGGCUGCUACUGAUGCCCAAGCAACUUCUUCCAGACGACGACGGGCGCACGCCCGCGAGUUACACCCGAAUCAAACACAUCCGAGUCCGACUGAAGCCGUAUCGACUGGAAAAACCACCCUGUAAAGCCUACAGCACGUGAGGAACAUACUUUGCCAAAGAGGAACUAAUCUUUGAGGCCACGAGAAAAGUACAAAAAUGUAACGUCUACAAUUCUCUGUGAGUGCAGACCUGAGGCGACGUCUCCAACAACGUGGGCCUUUUUCAUCACGGAGCGCACAUUUGUUUUGUCGUAUCGGUUUGUUCUUUUUCAAACAAUUGAAUAAAAUGAUGGGUUUUAGAAGUGUUUCACGUUA